AUGACGAGAAUCAUUCGGCUGAUCGAUUUCACUCCACCUGUGACACCUCAAAAAGCAUCAACAGAUGACGGAGACAGCCAAAUCGGCACAGUCGGUUGUGUUGUAGUAGACCGUGACCGGAACAUAGCAGCAGCUACCUCCACAGGCGGGCUAGUGAACAAGAGGGCGGGGAGAAUAGGCGACACCCCAAUUAUCGGAGCAGGUACCUACGCCAACUCAUUAUGUGCGGUCUCGGCCACAGGUCGUGGGGAAGCAAUUAUUAGGGGUACAGUCGCACGUGAUGUCGCUGCUUUGAUGGAGUACAAGGGGCUUUCCCUCAAAGAGGCUACUUCCUACGUCAUUGACAGCGUCCCCAGAGGCACUGUUGGACUCAUUGCGGUGUCCGCUGACGGAGAAGUCGUCAUGACUUUCAAUACCAGCGGCAUGUUUAGGGCUUGUGCUACACAAGAUGGUUACUUGGAGAUCGGGAUUUGGCCUAACUCGGGCCUCUAGAUUUUGAACUGUGAGCUAGUCGUAUUGGAUUCGUGUGAAGGACCAAAAUAAUGAGUGAGCUGCUUUGGUCAGGUAUGAGAUCAGUUACGUUUUCUUUCUUUCUUUCUUUUUUCUCCUUUUUUUUCAUGAGGAGUUUUGUGAUUAGUUAGUUGUUAUUGAAUACAAUUUUCAAAUUGGUUACUGUGGUGUUAAAAUAAUAUUGCCAUGAAAUAUAUUUGACGUUUUC